AGAAUGCCCGAGCUCGGUGACGUAGGGCUUGUGGGUGGGGGUAGCGUGGCCCGUGGGUCGUCCGUUACUCCAGUCUCGCCGGAGGGUGGGGGGGCGGCGGUGGCAUGGCGAAGACAGUGGCCUACUUCUAUGACCCGGAUGUGGGCAACUUUCACUACGGAGCAGGACAUCCUAUGAAACCGCAUCGCUUGGCACUGACCCACAGUCUGGUGCUGCACUAUGGCCUCUAUAAGAAGAUGAUUGUGUUUAAGCCAUAUCAAGCAUCCCAACAUGACAUGUGCCGUUUUCACUCAGAAGAUUAUAUUGAUUUCCUCCAGAGAGUGAGCCCCAACAACAUGCAAGGAUUCACCAAGAGCCUCAAUGCUUUCAAUGUUGGAGAUGACUGCCCAGUGUUCCCAGGGCUGUUUGAAUUUUGUUCUCGAUAUACUGGGGCCUCCUUGCAAGGAGCAACACAGCUGAAUAAUAAGAUUUGUGAUAUUGCAAUAAACUGGGCUGGAGGCCUUCAUCAUGCUAAGAAGUUUGAGGCUUCUGGGUUUUGUUAUGUCAACGACAUCGUGAUUGGCAUUUUGGAACUGCUCAAGUAUCACCCACGUGUACUUUACAUUGACAUAGAUAUUCAUCAUGGAGAUGGUGUUCAAGAGGCUUUUUACUUGACAGACCGUGUCAUGACAGUGUCUUUUCACAAAUAUGGGAACUACUUCUUCCCAGGCACAGGUGACAUGUAUGAAGUUGGAGCUGAGAGUGGCCGCUAUUACUGUCUGAACGUACCUUUGCGUGAUGGCAUUGAUGACCAAAGUUACAAACAUCUUUUCCAACCAGUCAUCAAUCAAGUAGUAGAAUUUUAUCAGCCCACAUGUAUAGUGCUUCAGUGCGGUGCCGACUCCUUAGGAUGUGAUCGUCUGGGUUGCUUUAACCUUAGUAUAAGAGGACAUGGGGAGUGUGUGGAAUAUGUUAAAAGUUUCAACAUUCCCCUUCUGGUAUUAGGAGGAGGUGGCUACACAGUUCGCAACGUGGCCCGAUGCUGGACUUAUGAAACAUCAUUGCUUGUAGAUGAAGCAAUUAGUGAAGAGCUACCAUACAGUGAAUACUUUGAAUACUUCGCUCCAGACUUCACUCUCCACCCUGAUGUCAGCACUCGAAUUGAAAAUCAGAACUCAAGACAGUACUUAGAUCAAAUCCGUCAGACUAUAUUUGAGAACUUGAAGAUGCUGAAUCAUGCACCCAGUGUUCAGAUUCAUGAUGUCCCUUCUGAUCUGUUGAGCUAUGAUCGCACAGAUGAGCCAGAUCCGGAAGAAAGAGGUUCAGAGGAUAACUACAGCAGGCCAGAACCUUCCAAUGAAUUCUAUGAUGGUGACCAUGACAAUGAUAAAGAAAGUGAUGUGGAAAUAUGAUCUGUGGAGAUAUGGCUCACAUUUGUAUUGUGUAUUCACAUCCUGGAUGGUGGCACUUGAAGAAAGUGACAGGGUCCAGUCAGAAAGCCCUGUCCUUCCCACCUAUGGCUUUAAAUGGUGGCAGCAGGACUGCUGAGACAUAAGUUAUUUGGAUGCAAAUGGCAAUGGGAGAUUCCCCACCACCACCUCAUCCUCAAGAAGACCGUCCUGCCAACUCCAUUUGUGGAAGUAGUCACUCACAGUUUCAGAUACACAAAAGACCAUUUUGCUGCUUUGUGAUCAUGUUCAGGUCUUAUUCUGCAGGGACUUUGUCCCUUUUUAGAGAGGCACCAGUCUUCAUAAAAGGACAAUAAGUACUACUGCACUUCGGAAAUUUCUUCUGAUUUGUUUUGAUACGUAUUUGUGUGUAACUGAAAAGCUACAGUGAAAAGGUCUUUAGUUUACCAGGCUGCCUGCCAGUCAUUUAGUAUCCCUGUUGUAGUAAUUCAGAUAAAAGGAAGAACCACAUAAUUGUUGAUCAAUAUUUUUCUGAAAUGUACUAAAGGGGGGAGGGACAAAUUGAGGUCCAAUCUGACAGUGCAAGUUCUCCGUCCACUGGUUCUUACAGCAUUAGUUCUCCAAAUAAGGGUAUGUUCAUACCAUUCUAUUUGGAUGGGUAUUUUGAGAGGGAGAAAGUUGGAGUUUUCUUUCUCAGUCUUUCUGCUUGGUCACUGUACCAGUAGGUUACCAAAAACUCAAGUCAACGAAGAAUUUAUUUCUGCAUGACUUUAGCAAACUUUCAUGACUUCCAUAGUCGAGCACCUAUUGUUAGCUCAGUACACUUACCAUAGAAACUCUGUGCAGGCCUUUAUCUUUUUUCCUGCUGAGGCAGGUUACUUCUCAGUAGAAUGCUGCCUUGAUUUUGGGGAGAGAUCUGGGCCUACCUUUUUUUAAUUGUUCAGUAUCUCCCUAUUGUUGAGAUUCUUUAAUCUCCAAAUGUCUUGCUUAUAUAAUAUAUAAUGAAUUCUGCCUUCUGAGCAUGGUGCUUGUAUGUUGGCUUGGAUCUUAAGAUAAUCUAAGGAAAUGCAUGGAAAGAAAACUUCCCAUUCCAUGAGACAAAAAGGAUGCUUUAUCCAUGGAGAGGCUUUACAAUGUCAGGAGGUGGGGGGAAAGUUGAGAGGAUUGGAAACAUGCCUUCCAUUACCAUAAAUUAAGUUCCAAAGCAGAAUUUGGAAGAUUUCUUUGGUUUAACCACAAGUUCUGCUUCUCCUUUGGCUCCAUAACUACUGAUGGCAAGUGGACCUCAUUUUUGCUGUGGUUUUAAAUUUUGUGCUGGGAAUACUUGUCAAUUUUGUCAAGACUUCAGUGCAGAUGAAAUGACAGAACAGCACUUGACUUUCUCUUCCUUAUACUCAUUCCCUCAACCAGUGUUAAAAAAUAUUAAACAAUGGGAUAGUAUUUUUCUUACCCAA